CUACCACAGCCCAAGAUGCGUAGAUUCGGCUGGGCUUUCGCUCUGGCGAUGCCAUGGUCAUCUCUGGCCGCCACCGUCUCCUACGACUUUUCCAUCGAAUGGGUCAGGGCCAACCCCGACGGCGCGUUUGAGCGUCCGACCAUCGGCAUCAACGGGCAGUGGCCGAUCCCUCAGAUCGAGGCCAAUGUUGGGGAUACCAUCUUGGUCAAUGCCCACAAUAACCUGGGUAACCAGGCGACGUCGCUGCACUUUCAUGGGUUGUUUAUGAAUGGGUCGAAUCACAUGGAUGGGCCUUCGCAGGUUACGCAGUGUCCUAUUCCUCCGGGGUCGUCUUUUCUGUACAACUUUACGAUUACUCAAGCUGGAACCUACUGGUAUCACUCCCACACCGAGAGUCAGUAUCCUGAUGGUCUUCGAGGAAAUCUCAUCAUUCACGACCCAGAGUCGCCCUUCAAGGGAAAGUACGAUGAGGAGAUUGUCUUGUCGCUUUCUGACUGGUACCAUGAUGAGAUGCAGACCUUGCUCCCCGAGUUUUUGCGCAAGGGAAACCCGACUGGUGCUGAACCCGUCCCUCAGGCUGCUCUCAUGAAUGAGACACAAAACCUCAAGGUUCCAGUGCAGCCCGGCAAGACGUAUUUCUUGCGAUUGAUCAACCUCGGUGCUUUUGCUGGACAAUAUUUCUGGAUUGAGGGCCACAAGAUGUCGAUCGUCGAAGUUGAUGGCGCGUAUACAAAGCCAGCUGAAGCCAGCAUGGUCUACCUCUCUGCUGGACAGCGAUGCAGUGUGCUUGUUACGACCAAGGCUGAUGCAAAGGCCAACUUUCCCAUUGUGGCGAGCAUGGAUACUGAUCUGUUUGAUGUCCUGCCCGACAACCUCAACUGGAACGUCACGGGCUGGCUUGUCUAUGAUGAAGUGCAGCCUCUCCCGAAGCCUGCGACUAUCUACGAGUUUGACCCUUAUGACGACUUGGAUCUCGUGCCUUUUGAUGAGAUGCCGUUGUUGCCUGAGCCUAGCAAGAAGGUCGAGCUUGAGGUCAUCAUGGACAAUCUCCGCGAUGGCGCCAAUUAUGCAUUCUUCAACAACAUCACCUACCGCGCGCCCAAGGUGCCGACUCUUUACACUGUCUUAACUAGCGGCGACAAGGCGACGAACCCUCAGGUCUAUGGAACGUACACUCACAGCUUUGUGCUGAAGAAGGAUGAGAUUGUGCAGGUGGUUCUUAACAACAAGGAUGACGGUCGCCAUCCUUUCCAUCUUCACGGCCAUCACUUCCAGGUUCUGUACCGAAGCGACGACGACGCUGGCGAUUUUGAAGGAUCCGAGAAGGAUUUCGCCAAGAUCCCAAUGAGGCGAGAUACGGUGGUUGUGAAUGGCAACGGAAAUGUGGUUCUUCGCUUCAAGGCCGACAACCCAGGUGUUUGGCUGUUCCACUGUCAUAUUGAGUGGCAUGUCGCUUCGGGUCUUGUUGCGACCUUUGUUGAGGCGCCUCUUGAGCUUCAGAAGACUUUGACGCUGCCUCAGAAUCACUUGGAUGCGUGCAAGGCUGGAGAUGUUCCCGCUGCCGGUAACGCUGCUGGAAACACCAAGGAUUUCCUUGACUUGACUGGAGAGAACGUGCCUCCUCCACGAUUGCCUGAUGGAUUCACCCUGAAGGGCAUCGUCGCCUUUGCUUUCAGUACUUUGAUGGGUAUCAUCGGCGUCUACGCCGUUGCAUCUUACGGAAUGAAGACUGAUAGCAAGAAGAAGAGGACUGCCGAGAGAGAGCCCCUGCUGGCUUCCGGUGAGGCUGACGCAGAGCCGGAGCCGACUGGACGAGCUGUGACCGGGGAGAAUGUGGUUCGGAGGUAA